CCACACGCGCAGUCCGCACUGUCAUGGUUGGUGCUGAACAUGGCAUGCCAUUUAAAAAGGUAAAUAGCAUAGGUGGUGUAUACCAGUACCUGGAGGACACUGUUAUCCCUGUGAUGAAGGUAGCCUCUCAAUAUGGCAGGAGGGAGAUCUCCACAGCCUCAGAAUUCUUUCUGGUUGGACCAUACAGGCUUAGACAGCUUAGGGUUGGAGAUUCUUGUACACCAGAAAUUGUGAAAGGACUUCCUGUUGGCUGUAAGCCGUCAUAUUCUCUCACUGGCGAGGACAGUGGCAACUACAAGAAAUCAUGGAGCAUCCCAUUGUUGGAUGAAGAUUAUGCUAUAAACCCAUGGAUUCACCAGUCUGGCUGGUCCCUGAAGACCCUUCCAUUCGUGGGCUCACAUGCCACAUACUCUGGGGGUGGAUAUGUCCUACCAUUGUCUGGCCAGGAGCAGCGGGAUACAGAUUCACUUGAGGACUUGGAAACCAGAGGAUGGAUUGAUCGAAAUACUCGUGCAGUAUUUCUGGAGUUUACUUUCUAUAACCCGAAUGUGGACAUGUUCACCGUGGGUGUGUACAUGUUUGAGUUUACCAACACUGGUGGAGUGUACCCAAGUCAUCAUGAAAUUUCUACUAGUCUACAUCACUACUCCAGUAGCUAUGGAAAGUUUGUGGCCGUAUGUGAAGUUCUCUUUGCGGCCUUCAAUCUUACUUUCAUCAUUAUUGAAGUGAAGAAGUUCAGAAAACAAGGAAAGUCUGAAUACUUUUCUAGCAUUUGGACGAUUAUAGAAUUAUGUCAGAUUGGAAUGGCUGUAGCUGUUGUGGUUAUGUUUGUUCAAAGAGUACUAGCUGUUGGAAGUGUGAUGGGUGAUUUCAAGUCCUCCAAGGGUGAAACAUUUGUCAGCUUCUAUCCUGCUGUUUUCUGGGAUGCUAUCCUUAUGUACGUGAUGGGUGGGCUUAUGACAACAGUCAUAUUGAUAACUAUCAAGUUGCUGAUAUUUAACCGCAAGAUGUUCCUCUUAUCGUACACUUUGUCGGCAGUCCAUAUGCAUCUGUUAUCUUUUUUACUCAUCUUCGCCAUCAUCACUUUCGCUUUUGCCGCGUUUUCAUAUCUACUGUUCAACUCCGUGUUCAGGGGCUACAAAACCCUUGGUGAUGCGUUGGUAUCCAAUGUAAGUCUGUUAAUGGGCAUAGCAGACUUUGUUGGUCUCUACGAGUACAACCGAAUCAUCGGUGUCGUCUUUCUGUUCAGUUUUGUGUUUACCGUCUAUUUUGGUGUGAUGACAUUUGUCCAAGCUAUUCUCAAUGUGGGCCGCAUAGAAGCAAGGGACAGAAUCAAGGGCAAGAAGAAUCAUCUGGAUCACAUAAACUAUAUCACUUCAAAACUGAAGAUGCUUGUUCAACAGAAAUAAAUUGUUUCAUUCCUAAAAAUCAACAGAAGUAAAAUUUUGUAUUUAAAGUUCAACAGAAUUAAACAGUUUCCUACCGGUAUUGAAAGUUCAACUGAUAUAAACUGUUUCCUAUUUAAAGUUCAAUAUAAAUAAACUUUUUCCUAUUUUAAGUUCAAGAGAUAUAAACUGUUUGCUAUAGAAAGUUCAACAGUUGAAAACGGUUUUCUGUAUAAAAUUCAACAGAAAAAACUGUUUCCUACUUAAAGUUCAACAGAAAUAAACUGUUUGCUAUAGAAAGUUCAACAGUUGAAAACUGUUUCCUGUAUAGAAUUCAACAGAAAAAAACUGUUUCCUAUUUAAAGUUCAACAGAAAUAAACUGUUUCCUAUUUAAAGUUCAACAGAAAUAAACUGUUUUUCUUAUUUAAAGUUCAACAGAAAUAAACUGUUUCCUAUUUAAAAUUCAACAGAUAUAAACUGUUCCUUAUUUAAAAUUCAAAUGAAGUAGACAAUACCUUGCCAAAUAGGAAUUAUCUGUUUCAGUGUAUAAAGAACACAAUGAGUUGAUGUUAAUGUUUAUCUGUUUUUGUUUUAUUUUUUAUUUGGUAUUUUAUUAUGACAUUUGUUAAAUUUGCUGUGUGUUUCACAGUUACAUCAUUGAUUUAGACAAGUCUAGAGAAGGGAUAUGAUGAGACUGUGAACAUUACAGAUCAUGUGUUUAUUGUUGGACACAUAUUUAAAAUAAUUAUCCACCUUUAACUUUAUUAGCACAUGGAAAUGUCAAUGUAUUAUCAUAGCCUUUGUUAUGUCUGCAUGCAAAUUUUCUUUAAAACAAUAAUAAAUACAUUUUACAAAAUACGUAUAUGUAGAAAAAAUAAAUAAACAAUCAAUGAGAAGGUGUUCAUGUUCUUAUAAACAUUUAGUAAGAAUUUACUAUUCUUUAACAAAGAUACAUAAUUUCCUAAGUUCUGUUCUGUUAGUUGAAUUUAAUAACUGGACAUACUUAAUCACGGACGGUUUUAUAAGUUAGUAUUCUUUAUAUGGUUCCUUCUAAGAGCAUCACUUUUAGAACAGAUACAUUGUACAUGUAAGAUUAACAGGUAAUGCUGACUUAAAUGAUUGUUGGAUUUUGCUCCUUUUCGAAUGAACAAAGAACAGAUGGCCAUUAAUUGGCAUUUAUGCAUGUUUUACAACAAUCUCUGUAACUGUAAACAAAAUAAGUUUUAGAUGUUAUCAGAAAAAAAAGUUAUUUUUAUUGUCAUAUAGAAGAUACAUGUAUUAUGUUAUUGAUAAGUUUAAAGGGGCUAGGCAUCAAAUAUGGUCCAAAAAUCGGCUUAUACAUUAUUUCCUCAAAACAAACAUAAAAUUGUCAAUGCAAGCUACUACGAGGCUGAUAUACGACAUCACUCUACAUUGUGGUUAAAAUUUUGAAAAAAAAAUGCAAUAUUUAUGUUGCUGUCUCAUCGGUGUUUCCCCGUUUAAAAUAGCGCAAAUAAAUGGUUCCCCAGUCAAAACACAUCUGGUAAUGAGUGCAGAUAAAUAUACCGAUGCUAUUUUUAAACUUGGUGGAAUUUACGUGGUAGACAACCCUGUAGUUAUAUAGGAAAUUUCGAAUUGGUAAAAAAACUUCAAAAGAUGCAUGUGUCAUUAGCAAUGUAGUACAUCAGAUAGCCGACAAUUCAAUUCAAUUCAAUAUACACAACGAUGUCAGUUUUAUUUACGUUUUUGACAAUUUUCUUUAUUUCUUGCAAUUGUAUUAUCAGACGAUGUCCAACCCCUUUAAUGUGCAAUUGAAUAUAUAUUUAUCCAAUAAAUGUUUUUAAACCUCGAUCCUGUACAUGUUUGUACAGACAUUUUCUUAAUGAAUGUUUUCCUAGUUUAAUCUUGAAUAAUGUUCAUGAAAGUUUGUUAG